CCCCAACAAGUCCCGUGUGAAGGUUGAACUCAGUGUCUCAAAUCUGCCCAAGCACGAGCCAGCAACACACAGGUGAUCCACACAGCUUUACAAGUGCCACUAUGAGUGAAUCCGCAGAGGCUCUGGCCGUCGAAAGCCGAAGGAAUGUCACCAUUGAGAUCACCAACCUCACUAGCAACUACUGUCUGGUUGACCCUAAGGUUUUCCUGGAAAGCGGCAACUGCCACAGCCCCCCCCAACCUACUGUGCGCCCACAAAACACUGAAGUGUGCAACUUCAGCAAAGGCAAAGGCAAAGCCAAAGGUGCAGUGGGCGUGCUGACCUAUGAUCUGUUUAAGAGGGAAAAUAACAGAGCUGACGAAACCCUCGCUAUCAUGUUCUCCGUGCCAUUUGACUAUAACAUGUACAAGAACUCAUUUGCCUUGGGAAUCUACAAGAAGGGCAAAGAGUGCAAUGAGAGUCUGUACAAGGAGAUGUAUUACAACAAAGAGAAGGUGGGAUUCGUGCGGGAGGAACCCAAGGGCAGCGGCCUCACCUUUGAGGGCUCGUGCCUGGACAUCAAGGGAACCAUGUGCCCACUGGGCAGGGCCAUCAUGAAGGUGGAGAUCUGGGACAAGCUCUUCAGUCCCCAGAUGCAGCAAUCUUACUGAGCUAUUGAUUUAUAUCUGUCAAAUUCAUCCUUUCUGACACAUCAUUGUGUAGCCAUGUGUACAACUGUGCUGCCGCAUUACCUCUAAAUGCAAUAAAUUCUUAAAAGUCUGAUGUGA